UAAUUUAUUCUCUUUUAGAUAGAAAAACAUGUCUGGUGCUCCGUACAGAAACCCUAUAGUGCCAAUUUUCAACAGAAGCAGAGCUCCACGAACUGCACUGUUUGCACAUCCACAAAAUGAUAAUUCCGUGACAAGUCACUAUCAACAAAACUUUGCUGGAACAAAUGGAAAUCAGCAUUCACAGUCAGGUAGGUAAAUCAUUAGUCUUGUAUCCAUACAUUCACGAGUAAACAACAUGGCAAGAAAGGAAAUUAAAUUAAAUUAUUCUAUCAAUUGUGUUUCUAGCAAUGCCUGCUAAGAAAGAUCAUCAAGAGAAAUCUCAUCUGCUAAAAGAAAUCAUCAAUUAGGAAUGUUUAAGUCUUAUCCAUUUUCAGCGAGAUGUGCACCAUACAACACUUCACAAGCGAGGGGCCUCCCAAAUGCACCACAGCAAUGUCAUAAAACACCUAUAGCAAGGCACGAACCACACAGGCAAAUGGUUGGCAAGGACAUGCCAUACACCAGCAAAGCAGGAGGAAAAAUGUAUCAGCACGUACUUUCUGGACCAAACCACCAGCAACAUAACCCAGCAGCAGCUACCUACAACUCAUUGAGCAGCACUGGACACAACAGAGUACAAUACGACAGUGCCCCUGCAAUGGUAACCAAUUCGAAACCUCCCAAAGGUUGGGAUGCACCUGUGAAAACGCACCUGGGUACAUCAGCAACCUUGGCUCCUCGACCAAGCAUACCUGCAGCCUACAAUGCUAGACCUAGUAAACCUACAACCUUUAAUGCUAGAUCAAGCACACCUGCAGCUUUCAAUGCUAGACCAGCCACACCCACAACUUUCAAUGCCAGACCAAGCACACCUGCAACUUUCAAUGCUAGACCAAGCACACCUGCAACUUUCAAUGCUAGACCAGCGCCACACCGCUACCAACCACACCUGCAACUUUCAAUGCUAGACCAGCACAUCUGCCCAACUUUCAAUGCUAGACCAAGCACACCUGCAACUUUCAAUGCUAGACCAAGCACAUCUGCAACUUUCAAUGCUAGACCAAGCACACCUGCAACUUUCAAUGCUAGACCAAGCACACCUGCAACUUUCAAUGCUAGACCAGGCACACCUGCAACCUCUACUCCCUCACAGACCUCAUCCUACAAGAUCACUGACUCUGGAAACAGGAUUACAUCACGUCAAAACGAAAAAGACUUGAGGGUACUGACUGCUACCAUAGAGGGAAUGCAACACUGGAGCAAGUACAACAAUAACUUCAUGAUCAUGUUCGAGGUUUUCGGUAAAUGCAUAGUUGACUCGGCUGUUGUAAGCAGGAAUCGGUGCUCUCAAACGUUUACCCUCAGAGACGACUCCGGACCGAUUCAGUGCGUGUUCUUUGAAAUAGUAACAUCGCUGGUGAAUGACACACCUCUCUCCCUCUCUCUCUCUCUCUCUCUCACCGUUAAGGAUCGUGUGUUCCCGCGUCUCAUCAGAGGUCAGUGGUAUCGCUGCGUGGGACAGUACGACGCGAGCAGGGAGACGCUGCAGUGCGUCUCCGUGCGAGCGGCGAGUGCCGAGGAGCGGCAGAGGGCGCCGGCGAGCGUCGAGAUGUGCGACACCGCCAUGAGGGCCGCCGUGUCGCUGCUGUGUGAGGCGUAGAUGAAGAGAGCGCCACCUACAUCAGAUGCAGAGCGCACUUCCCUAAGUGCUUAGAGUGCCACCUACCUUGGAUGCCAGAACGAUCAUCUACUGUGGGCUGAAUGCCUGCCGAAGCUAACCUGGCAUUCAAAGCAACUAUGUGAUGUAAAUACAAUCACAACAGGUUCGCUAGUAGUGGAACUAUGUGUGUGAGGUUACACACAAGAGUUACAAGAACAGGUGAGCAUUGAAGGAUCUUUUUCAUGUUCAUUCUCGCCAUUUUUACGCGAGGUAAAAUGCAGCAAUCUAGGUUGACCAAUGUAGCAGAUGCAGUAGCUCUCGGUUUGCUGUCACUAACCUGCAGUCUUGGAGUCACCGGCAAUGUAUAUACUGAGACUUGUCGUUAAUACGAGUAAAGUUGUUAUGUAGAUCAACAGUUUUGUGCAGCAGCAGUUUAAGUGAUUAUUACCACGAUUUAUAGUUAUAAAUACCACUUUAUGCAUAGUUUAAACGGGUUUGAAUUCUCACCAGAUUUUGUGAUGUAUAAAAGGUUAUUUUACUG